AUGGCCGGCCCCUCUUCUGACUAUCUCCCCCCGCCCAAUACAGCCAACCCAGCAUUGAAGCCAAUACCAUAUCCUCAUAUGCUCCAUGCGGCACCACCUGAAGUACCGGCAACCCCGCUUCCCAACCCUGAAGAUAUACCUGCAAGUCCCGCUUGGAAUCCCAGCUCGCGUACCCCUCGCCCUGGUGAUGAUGCCCCUUCCCCUUACUGGCUCAGGGACAGUUGCUUCAAUGGGAUGAGACUGAGCCUUCGGUUGAUCAACAUGGACCCCGAUUUCUACGGUGGAAAACACGAAGGCAAGUGCGGCGAAUUUCGGGAGGUCGUUGGGGACGCGGUCAAAAUCAAAGUCGGUUUUCAAUCGUUGGAAGUCCCGUUCAAGUAUUUAGUGCCAGAGAGACCGGAAAUAGCAUGUCAAAUGGUCGCCGCCUUUGAUGGCCCGCAUAAAGGGCGUCAAUUCAAGAUUCAGCGUUUUAGUCAAGACGUCUGCGGGUGCUCUGAUCUGAAAGCGAAGUCAUAUAGGAGACAGAUCGACGCCGAAAUCCCAACAAAGGACCUUGUAGUAACACGGGCAUAA